AUGACUAGCAUGGUCCAGGCUGACCUCGGGCCUUCUUCCUCGGUGGUGAAAUACAAGGACGACCCCAUUGGAGACCCUCUUCGAUCUGGACACCCUCAACUCCACCACCCCCGUUCAACUCUUCUCCAGCACCGUCCUAACUCUCCCCACCAACCGCCUACAACUAUCUCUCCUACCACAUACGCCUCACAUUCGUUGUCCAACGGCCUUCCCCAUUCGCCCUACGGUCCGCAUCCCCAGGAAUCCUCGUACUACGCGUCGCAUCCCGCUUAUACCGCGGCUAGCGCCUCCAGCCAGUAUUCUUCUAGUGGACCUCCGGAGAUUAUGGCGGCCACCGCGCAGAUGCAGAGGCCCUACCCUCCCAUCUACCACACACCUCAAUCGAGCUCGCCAGUAUCGGUAGCCUCUCAAGCACACGAUCAACGAACUAUCUACGCCCAGUCGCCUCAAAUGGCUCACCAAGUAUAUGGAUACCAACCCUAUCCGGCGUUGAACACUGUUCAGCCGUCAUCGUACGCGGCGCAUCCAUCGCCUCAGUCCCAUCCUCUCACAACUCAACCGUUGAUGAUGCCACCUCAUCAGGCACCCUCUACGCAGAUGCCUCGACCAUCGACGGCCGCUCCUAUCAGCCCGAGUGCGGCAGCACCGCCGCAGCAGCAUACGCCACCCCAGAGGACCGUCUUGAGUGCUCCCCAUCCGGCAACUACAGCUCCCACCAUUAACACUGCUGUGAGUACCGCGGCUCCCUCGGCUCCAGUCUCUCAUACGAGCCCUACCGUGGGGACGAGCUCCAGUGCCGCACCCGGUCCCAUCCCGGCGACCACGCCCUUAGUUGUGCGACAAGAUGCCAACGGGGUGCAGUGGAUCGCCUUUGAAUAUUCUCGCGAUCGCGUCAAGAUGGAGUACACCAUCCGAUGCGACGUGGAAUCCGUCAACGUGGACAGCCUUAGCGCGGGGUUCAAGUCGGAGAACUGCGUCUAUCCACGGGCGUGCUGCAGCAAGGACCAAUACCAGGGCAACCGGUUGGUAUACGAAACUGAAUGCAAUGCCGUGGGGUGGGCACUGGCCCAGCUCAACCCGAGCUUACGAGGCAAACGCGGCUUAAUCCAACGUGCCGUCGACAGUUGGCGAAAUAGCAACCAAGACCCGCGACUGCGCAGCCGGCGAGUGCGAAGGCAGGCCAAGAUCACUCGACGGCAGACCGUUGCUCCUCAAACACCUGUUCACAUGGCUGCCGGAACUCCUCUCACCCCCAGCUUGCCUGGCGUGGGCAUGUCGCCGCCCAGCGCCGCACGACCGGGGUAUGGUGGUGGGUUGGCCAUGGGCCCUCCACAGUUGCACCAUCAUCACCAUGCUCGACCUGAUGGUAGUCCAUACGAGGAAGUCAGCGGCACCUCUGAGUUUCCGAACGCUUCUCAUCGUCCAUCUGUCACCGAAGCCCCCGGGUCAUCUACAACAGCAACAGAACUCCGACCAGCACAGGUCUUCCACGGCUACCCAACCUACCCAUCACCAGCUUCCAGCGCCCGAGCAGGCCCCUCGAUUCCUCCCCUCCUACGAGAAAGCGGAAUGAGCGCCAUAGGCCGAACCCCAACCGUCGCAACCAGCACCACCGCAUCAGCAGCCCGACCGGACGAAGUCGACGAGGACGAGGAGUAUCAGCCAAACAAAGAAGAGCUCUUCGGGACUCAGCCUGCCGGCAAACCGCGCAAGUUCAUCCUCGUUCCCGAUCCGCAGCGCGGAGAAAGCCGAGUGCGCGUUAAGGUCAACCUCGACCAGGCCAAGAUGGACGAGUUGCCCGACUCGUACCGGAUGACGCACUCGGUCUACCCUCGGUCAUACUUUCCCGUGCAUUUGAAGAACCCGCCUGGCCUGUCUGUGCCGGGAAAGCGGUAUUUCAGAGAUGAUGCGGCAGAGGCAGAGGCGGAUAAUGAGGAUGCGACCAUUGGACGGGUCACGGUACCUGCGCCGUCGCUGGAUGGAGAGAGUGAAGUAAUUGUGCCGCGGAUGUCGAAGCGGCGGCACCGGAAGGAUGCGAUAUUGAAUGAUCUGGGAUACCGGAUGACAUGGUGCCAGAGCCGGACUUUUGUGGGACGGAUGGUAUUUCUGCAGAAAUCAUUGGAUAUGUACCGCAACAAAACGCGAAGCGCCAUGCUAGGCGCGGGGCAGGAUCCGGCGUCGAUUCCUGAGCAUCUCGAGACGCGGCCUGGUAAGCGACGUUUUCUCGAGCGAAGGAAGCGGAAGACGACACCUAUUUCGGGAAUGAAUGCUACCCGACGCAGUGCGGAAGAGGUCGAGGCUUAA